GCGGGCCGGGCUGGGUUUCCAGCGAGGCGAGCCCAGGGGGAAGUGGGGGGGCCCUUGAGCCUUGUCUUUGGGGAGCCCCCCGGGCGCGCUGAGCAAGGGGGUGGGGAAUGGCUGGCAGAAGCCGCCGCUCCUGGCUCAGCGUCUUGCUCGGUCUGGUGCUGGGCUUCACCCUGGCUUCCCGGCUCAUCUUGCCCCGCGCUUCGGAGCUGAAGAACGUGGGACAUCGGCGCCGCGCCAGCCUGGAGGGCUGCAAAAGGCGAGGGGGCGGCGGCGGCAGCGGCGGGUUGCUGCUGCUGCCCAACCGGGACUCCCGAGGGGCCCUGCUCUGGCACCCGGACCCUGCCCAGCCUCGGAGCGAGAGCUCGCCGGCUAAGAACUUCCUCUUCGUCGGGGUCAUGACGGCCCAGAAAUACCUGGAGACCCGAGCCGUGGCAGCCUACAGAACAUGGUCCAGCACAAUCCCCGGGAAGGUGGAGUUCUUUUCCAGCGAGGGCUCAGAUAUGUCUCUUCCGAUCCCCAUCGUGUCGCUACCUGGCGUAGAUGACUCUUACCCCCCGCAGAAGAAAUCAUUCAUGAUGCUCAAGUACAUGCACGACCACUAUUUGGACAAAUACGAAUGGUUCAUGCGAGCGGAUGAUGAUGUCUACGUGAAAGGAGACAAGCUGGAGAACUUCCUGCGGAGUUUGAAUAGCAGUGAGCCCCUCUUCCUAGGGCAGACCGGACUAGGCACGACCGAAGAAAUGGGGAAACUGGCCCUGGAGCCUGGAGAGAACUUCUGUAUGGGGGGUCCAGGAGUGAUCAUGAGCCGGGAAGUGCUUCGGAGAAUGGUCCCUCACAUUGGGGAAUGCCUUCGGGAGAUGUAUACCACCCAUGAGGACGUGGAGAUCGGCAGAUGCGUACGAAGAUUUGCAGGAGUGCAGUGUGUCUGGUCUUAUGAGAUGCAGCAGCUCUUCUACGAAAACUACGAGCAGAACAAAAAAGGUUACAUCAGAGACCUCCACAACAGCAAGAUCCACCGUGCCAUCACUUUGCACCCGAACAAAAGUCCACCUUACCAGUACCGGCUUCACAGCUACAUGCUGAGUCGUAAAAUAGCAGAGCUGCGAUACCGGACCAUUCAGCUGCACCGAGAGAUUGUCCUCAUGAGCAAAUACAGCAAUACCGAAGUCCGUCGAGAGGACCUACAGCUGGGAAUCGCGCCUUCCUUCAUGCGAUUCCAACCACAACAGCGCGAGGAGGUGCUGGAGUGGGAAUUCCUGACAGGGAAGUACCUGUACUCCAUGGUAGAUGGGCAACCACCUCGCCGUGGCAUGGACUCCUCUCAGCGUCAGGCCUUGGACGAUGUCGUGAUGCAAGUCAUGGAGAUGAUCAACGCAAACGCCAAGACUAGGGGACGGAUCAUCGACUUUAAGGAGAUACAGUAUGGCUAUCGAAGAGUGAAUCCCAUGUACGGGGCUGAGUACGUCCUCGACUUGCUACUUUUGUACAAAAAGCACAAGGGUAAGAAAAUGACCGUCCCUGUUCGGCGACACGCUUACCUGCAACAGACCUUCAGCAAAGUCCAGUUUAUGGAACACGAUGAAACGGAUGCCAAAGACCUGGCCAGUAAAAUCAACCAGGAUUCAGGAUCCUUGUCUUUUCUCUCCAAUUCUCUUAAGAUGUUCGUCCCAUUCCAGCUGAGCAAGUCCAAAUCCGAGAAGACGGAAUCCAAAGACCAAAAGAUCAACAUCUUAAUUCCUCUCUCUGGACGCUUCGAUAUGUUCGUGCACUUCAUGGCCAACUUUGAAAAGACUUGCCUUAUCCCUAACCAGAACGUUAAGUUGGUCGUCUUGCUGUUCAACUCCAACUCAAAUCCCGAUAAGGCGCGUCAAGUGGAACUGAUGAGAGAGUAUCGUAUGAAGUACCCCAAGGCUGACAUGCAGAUUUUACCCGUUUCUGGAGAUUUUUCCCGAGCUCUGGCCCUCGAAGUAGGAUCUUCUCAGUUUAACAAUAGGUCUCUGCUCUUCUUUUGUGACGUUGACUUGGUUUUUACUGCAGAGUUCCUCCAACGGUGUCGAGCCAACACGAUUAUAGGGCAACAGAUUUAUUUUCCAAUCAUCUUUAGCCAGUACGAUCCAAAGAUUGUCUACAGCGGGAAAGUUCCGAGCGAGAAUCACUAUGCUUUCACACAAAAAACUGGUUUCUGGAGGAACUACGGUUUUGGAAUAGCUUGCAUCUACAAGGAGGAUUUAAUUCGGGCAGGGGGGUUUGAUGUUUCUAUUCAGGGCUGGGGUCUUGAGGAUGUAGAUUUGUUCAACAAGGUGAUUCAAGCUGGUCUCAAGACGUUCAGGAGCCAAGAAGUUGGCGUAGUCCAUGUACAUCACCCAGUUUUUUGUGACCCUAACCUUGAUCCAAAACAAUAUAAAAUGUGCUUGGGUUCCAAAGCAUCGACGUACGGUUCUACGCAGCAACUAGCUGAACUGUGGCUUCAAAAACACGAACCAAAUUUUGGGAAGAACACAGUGGCUAAUGGUUCCUUGAGGACAGCUUAAUAUCCUGGGAAAGGGGGACAUUUAGGAAAAAAAACAAAAAACUAAAGACACUGUAUUGCAUUUUUAAAAAUUUACCCUAAUUUAUUUUUUCCUUUGGGGAAAAUGUUUUUGAUAGUUGAUUUUUUUAAGAUGACCACACAAGGGUAUAUUUUAGAAAUUCAUCGUUUUCUUACGAGGACCUUUCCAGCUUUUUUUCUGAACAGAAACUGUGAUCAAACUUUGCCUUUCAGGGGAAAAUAAAAAAUAAUAAUUCCUGGGGCUAAAUAUUAGGACUUGCCUGGUUCUGACAACUUGAAAUAAGUAUUCUUUUUUUUUUUUGUUGUUGUUGUUGACUGAUAAACGGACCAAAUACAUUAAUAAAGGAGAAAGGAAACUCAGAAAUAUCUACACAAGGUACUUUUCACUGCUCAAAUUUAGUCGCUUGGGCAGUUCCGGUGGCAAUUAAAUGCAAGUUGGUAUAAAUGGUUCACCUACGUUUUCCCCUCCCAUCUGCAGGAGUGUGUGUGUGUGUGUGUGUGUGUGUGUGUGUGGUGUAUGCGAGUGUGUAUCCAUAGUCCUCCUUGUUGACUAAUUUGCCUUCCAGAAUGCUUCAUUUGGUUGCCUCUUUCAGCCUUAAAAUGUCUUUUUGCUCAAAACGUCAAGCAACCAAAACAGAUGUGGAAAACGAGCACAAUGUUGUUUAUAUACACUGUUGUCUAAAAAAAAGAAGAAGAAGAAGAAAGAGGGAGAAAUGUACAUUUUUUUUCUUGUCUGGGUCUAAAGUUGACUUUUUUAAAAAAAAAAAAAUCCAUAUCAGGUUCUCUGUUCUCUAGUAAGAUUUUUGUAUAAAACCGUCUUGAUGACAAAAGAACAAAGCUUUAGUUAAUAGAGAAGAAGGGCAAUUCUAUGCCAGAAGAAUCCUACAAUUGUAAAUCCGAAACACUCCGAAUUAAAUGUGUUGGGAAAACUAUUUAUUUCCCCCAUCAAUUAACAGUAUUUUGGUUGGGAACAAUUCCCUACAUUUCCUUUUGCUUAAUUUUUUUUUCUUUUUCUUUUUCUCUUUUGCUUUCUGUACUGUAUAGGGCUUUAAUUUAUUUAACAUCCUUCAUUUUUAGGUCCCUGUCUUUUUAUUUUGAAUAAUUACUAGUCAUUCAUGUUUAUGUAUCCUAGAAAUGUAUUUCUUGUUCUUAACUGUUUUAAGCUUCCACCUUCUUCCUCUGCAGUAAACAAUUCCUCCAAAGAUUCUUCUAACGCCUCCUCUUUUAUUUGCUGAAUUGUCUUGUCCGUCUGUUUCAAGAGUAAUUGGAAAAAAACCUGGAUAUGUUUUUUUUGAUGCUCCAAAAUGUAUCCCAUUUUUUUUUCCAGGAGUGGGACCGAAACUGUGAGAGAAAUGCAAAACAAAAAGCAAAAAAACAAAAACCCAAUACCCUGUAUCUAAGCACAGAGCAAAACGUUUAAAACUUGGGCAUGUUGUUGCAAAAAAUAAAUAAAAUGCAUUUGAAUAAAGGCUACCGCAUUGUUGCAAUUCCAUCAAAACUUCUCUUUAAGUCGAAGUAUUUGUAACACGUGGCACUUCAGUCUCAUAAUUCUGUAUGGGUUUUUCUUUUUCAAAAACUACAAUGACAUAGUUUUCCCCCCAAUACAGGUAGUCCUUGACGUACAACUGUUCAUUUAGUGACUGUUCAAAGUUAAAAUAAUACUGAAAAACGUGACUUAUGGUCAUUUUUCACACUUACAACCCCUGCAUCAUGUGCAGGGGUGAAAUCCUUACCGGUUCGGAAGUGCAUGCGCCGCGCAUGAACAUCACAUGCACACACAGAUCUGUGCAUGCACAAAACCUCCUGCGCAUGCACAGAAGGUUAAAAAACAUUACUUCCUGGUUAAAACAGGAAGUAAUGACACCCAGGCGGGUACACGGAGUUUUGCUCUGCCAUUGCUACCGGAUCGCUGAACUACCGUCCACGAUCGCUACCGGAUCACACAAUCCGGUCCGAUCCAGGAGCAUUUCACCCCCUGGUCACGUGAUCAAAAAUCAGAUGUUUGGCACUGACUCAUAUUUAGGAUGGUUGUAGUGUCCUGGGGUCACGGGUCACUAACUUAAAAACUGCAAUGAUUCACUUAACAACUGUGGCAAGAAAGAAAUGGAGCAAAAAUCACUUAACAAAUGUCUCACUUAGCAACGUAGAUUUUGGUCUCAAUUAUAGUCAAGAACUACUUGUACACUAACUCUGUCCAGCAAUGACUGGGUUCUCGUCAUGCACAAAGACCAAGUCAAAUCGGACUCGAUACGGUGAAAUGAGCUGUGAUGGCGCAGUGGUUAGAGUGCAGUACUGCAGGCUACUUCUGCUGAUCACCAGCUGCCAGCGAUUUGGCAGUUCGAAUCUCACCAGGCUCCAAGUUGACUCAGUCUUCCCUCCUUCCGAGGUGGAUAAAAUGAGAACCCAGAUUGUUGGGGGCAAUAGGCUGACUCUGUAAACUGCUUAGAGAGGGCUGUAAAAGCACUAUGAAGCGGUAUAUAAGUCUAAGUGCUAUUACUAUCGCUAUGUGAUGCAAAGUUAAAUCCCUCCCCAGAAAAAAAUUACAUAAAUAGUCUUAAGUUUAUUUAUUGCAGUGCUUGGUACAUGACUAUUGACACCAGAAUUUAUGUAGCAAUAGCACUUAGACUUAUACAGUAGUAGCCAAAAUUGUGGAAACCUUUUGGGGAAAGUGGAUUUUUGAGGUUGGAUGCCUGAUAACACCAUUUAUUUUUAUUUUUUUUGGAAUUUCAGGAUAAUCCUAUUCCACUGCUGGAAUGGCCUGGGAAUAGCCCAGACCUUAACCUAAUUGAAAAUCUAUGGAGCCGACUAAAGAAACUUGUUAGAAGCGACCCAGCAAUAAAACCCAGUUAAUAGAAGCAAUCAUUCAAUCUUGGUUUCACAUGAUAACAGCUGCAGAACUAAAAGUCUUGGUUCACUCCAUGGGAAGAUGUUGUAAGGCCAUAAUUCAUGCUGAAGGUUACCCAACUAUUAAUUGAUGUGAUAAUUUUUGUAUAACUUGUUUUUUCUAUGGUGAUAAUUUUUGUAUAUCUCGUUUUUUUUCUGUGUUUCACCUUUCUUUUUUAAACUGUAACUGCUAUUCUAAUAGCAAAUCCUUCAUAAAAGUUAUUGCAUUACAUUCUUGAUUCAAUUAUCUUUCCAUUGAUAUAUAAUUUUAGGGUACUACUCAAAACAAAAAAGUGGUGUUAUUAGCUAGCUUUAGAAAAUACACUUUUCCCAAAAGGUUUUCACAAUUUUGGCCACUACUGUAUAGCGCUUCACAGUGUUUUACAGCCCUCUCUAAGCGGUUUAGAGUCAGUGUAUCGCCCUCCCAACAUUUUAAGUCCUCAUUUAAGCAACCUCCGAAGGACUCAAGGCUGAGUCAACUUUUAGCCGGUCAGGAUUAAAGGUAUUGAACUCCUGGCAAUGUGAGUCAUUGAGGACCUGUAUACUGCACAAAUCAAGAAGAGGGCCGUGAAAAUAUUUACAGAUCCCUCACAUCCAGGACAUAAACUGUUUCAACUCCUACCCUCAAAAUGACGUUAUAGAGCACUGCACACCAGAACAACUAGACACAAGAACAGUUUUUUCCCAAACGCCAUCACUUUGCUAAACAAAUACCAUAAUUCCCUCAACACUGUCAAACUAUUUACUAAAUCUGCACUACUAUUAAUCUUCUCAUCGUUCCCAUCACUAAUCUCUUUCCACUUAUGACUGUAUGACUGUAACUUUGUUGCUGGCAAUCCUUAUGAUUUAUAUUGAUAUAUUGACCAUCAUUUGUGUUGUAAAUGUUGUACCUUGAUGAACGUAUCUUUUCUUUUAUGUACACUGAGAGCAUAUGCACCAAGACAAAUUCCUUGUGUGUCCAAUCACACUUGGCCAAUAAAAAAAAUAAAUUCUAUUCUAUUCUAUUCUAUAUUCAAUAC